AUCGCAGCGGAGCGGUCACUGCGGCGCCGACCGCUGGUGAGGCCGUCGGCACGUGGUCGUCUCUGCGAGGACGCGCGCAGCUUUCGUAGCUGACGUCACAGCAGGUGUUUUCCACCGACGUCACGUCACUAACUGUGUUGCUUUACGCCUGACGUGUGGCGAGCGGAUGCAGGCAGGCGGUAGAACACCGAAAUGACGCUGUCGACCGGACAGGGCGGUUUUCUGACGAGUUCUGACUGAUAGAGAUCGAGUCACUCCUCCGCUUGGUCUGCUUCUGACAUGUGGCCUCGUGACGCCCUUCUGGUGGUUGGGCUGCUCGGGAGCGUCACACCUGCUCCAGGUGGUCGGUGGCCCAGGCACCAGGAGAGGUGUGGUGCCCCACUUCUCGUCGCUGCUUUCGUCAAUGACACCUCCCACCUGGAGAGCGGGGAGUUGUCACGCCUGGCCGCGGUGGUGCGCUGCUGUCGGCUCGCACCCCCCACCAUCCGCCACCAGCAGGGUGCGACGCUGGGCGGCGCCGAACUCUCCGUCUCAACCGCCGCCGCCGCCGUGUGGAGGCAUUGCGACCCGCGCAGGCCCGCCAACCUCACAGACGCGUCGCCGCCGACGAUAGUGGUGCGCGCGUUGGCAGAGGCGGCGUCGCUGCAGCCGUGGGGCGGCGUCUCCGUGCGGCCCGGCGCCGGGCUGCGCCUCGACUGCGUCUUCCCACGAGACCGGGGCCGGCCCGGCUGGACGUGGACUUCCAGCCCGAGGCAGUACCUCACAGGUUGGGCGGUGACGGCGUCGGAGCGCUCCUGGAAGUACCGGCUGGCGCUGCACCGCAGCGAGCCCUCAGACACGGGCCUCUACACCUGCUCCACGCCGCGCGGACUCACCAGCAGCGUCGCCGUCGCCGUCACAGGAGAGCCGCUGUCCCCGCACGAGACGUACCUGGGCGGCAGCUACGAGGACAGUGACCUGCGGCAGAGAGCGGGGGCGGGGGCAACCCUGAGGGCGCGCUCCCGGCGGAGGCGUGGCCACCCCCGGGGCCGACGGAGGCGGCGACCCUGGCUCCACGAUGCGCCACCGGCCGCCCACUGGCGCGACUGAGCCGGCAGGUGGGGGCGGCUCUUACUCGCGGAGCCAAAGACGGACAGAGUGGAAAAGUGCAUCCCUGUGUUAACACACCGUGCUGAGUACAUCGCGAACAAGGCGGUACUGUGGGAUUGACGUUAAUACGUGAAGGUAACCAGUAAGAACCCAGACGUUAUAAAAAACUACUAACAUCGCCAUUUUGAUGGUAAGUCCUGAGACUACAACAAAAUGAUUACUCCACAACACAUUUCACAAGCUAUCACUACAGACAUUAACCCAAUAGAGAUGUAAAUUCAUCUCUUGAUGUCGGAAGAAUCCAACGAUGAACCGGCUCCAUUUGGACAAGGUGCAAAACGUAAAACUGCGAUUACUGCGUUGUACUCACCGCUUACUGGCGAGUGUGGAGAUUGCUUUGACGUACUCCUCUAAGCAACUGCAUCUGCAAAACCAUACAAUGAAUAGCAUUUCCAAGUGAUACAACUUUUUUCUUCGCUUGUGAAUACGUUAACGUAAGGUGUGUUUUGACCUAGUUCAGAGAAAGUUUUAAUUUUCGCUCUUUCCGUUUCUUUAAACACAUAACUCUUGUUUAGGGAUUUAUGGUUUAUAACUUACUCGUGUAGCACCAGUUGAAGUACAGCGUUCUUUUUCUGGUAUUAAAAAUUACGAAAAGUGUACUUUCUAUACAACUUUAAUUCGUUCGUUACAUAGGUUUAAUAUGGUCCAGGAUUCGGUCUCGCCUGUGAGGGAGUCACACAUUGUUAUGUCUCCUACUUGCAGUAACUCCCCCUUCCCCCCUCCCCUAUCGUGCCACAAAUUCCUAUUAGUAACGCCAGUAAUAAAACAGUCAAAAUUUUGUAAUAUGCUGGUUGUUUAUAAAAUAAUUUUACAAACUUUUGGGCACAUUCCUUGCAUCAUGACAAGAAAACAAUAUCAGAGCUAUGAGCGCUUGUUCACCUUUGCAACAGUGAGACUCAUGUCUUCUGCCGAAGUGCUCAUAGCUCCUGAGGUAUGCAGUUUGGAGCCCUUGUUGACUGGACACUAUCUUCUUCUAUUUAGCACAUGCUACCUCCUCCCAAAACAAUGAACUGCACUAGAAGAAAGGUGUUUCGCAACAUCGAAGAUAAACAAGCGCACAAUUUUUUUUAAUGAACACACCGUCGUCAUAAAUUAUGACCAAUUUUGAGAUUAAUUCCGUGCAAGGUAUGUUAAUGACAUAAAGUCAGUCACCAGAAAAUGGCAUAAAAGGCUGAAACCUGAGUCGUAAUGAA